GCCGAGGGGCCGGGCCGGGGCCGGGGCCGGUGUCGGGCCAGGCGCAGCGGAGGAGGAGCAGGGUGCAGAGCGGAGCCGAAGCGCCGGACCAUGGACGUGAAGCGGCUGAAGGUGAACGAGUUGCGGGAGGAGCUGCAGCGGCGCGGACUCGACACGCGCGGCCUCAAGGCGGACCUGGCCGAGCGGCUGCAGGCGGCGCUGGACGAGGCCGCCGCCGCCGAGGCCGAGGCCGCCGCGCCGGAGCCUGAGCCCGAGCCCGAGCUGGAGACCCAGCCCGAGCCGCCGCCGGGACACCCGUCGGGGCCGCCGCGGGACGGCCAGGAGGGGUCCCGGGCCGAGCAGCCGCCUCCGCCCGUCGCGGAGGCCGCGGGCCCCGACGGCCCUUGUGAGCCCCUGCGAGCUGCGGAAGGAGGGCCCGGGCCGGAGCCCGCGGGCCAGGAAGAUGUCACUGGCAACACUGCAGAACAGAAUCAAUUUUAUGAAACCACAAAUGUUCAUCAGGAGAAAAAAACUGGAUAUGAGAGUAAACCUCCAGAGCUGGAGCUGGAACAGCAGCUGACUUCCUACCCAGUUGAAGUAAAGCCUGGGAUAAAGAAGGAAGACUCCUUUGCCUGUUUCCCCCCUUGUAAUCCGUCACAGCCUCCCCUAUCAAAUAGACAUCAUUACCAGAGUCGGAAAAGGGCUUUUGAAGACAGCCGGGGACGUGGUUACUAUGAACACCGAGAGGAUAAAAGGGGUCGAUCGCCUCAGCCACCCGCUGAAGAGGAUGAGGAAGAGUUUGACGACACCCUCGUCGCCAUCGACACAUAUAACUGCGAUCUUCACUUCAAAGUAGCCCGGGACCGAAGUAGUGGCUACCCACUCACCAUUGAGGGAUUUGCAUAUCUGUGGUCUGGUGCCAGAGCCAGUUAUGGGGUCAGGAGGGGCCGUGUGUGCUUUGAGAUGAAGAUCAAUGAAGAAAUCUCUGUAAAGCACCUCCCUUCUACAGAGCCUGAUCCCCACGUUGUGCGAAUUGGCUGGUCUUUGGAUUCUUGCAGCACACAGCUAGGUGAAGAGGCAUUUUCUUAUGGUUACGGUGGCACUGGAAAAAAAUCUACCAACAGCCGAUUUGAAAACUAUGGGGACACAUUUGCUGAAAAUGAUGUCAUUGGCUGUUUUGCGGACUUUGAAUGUGGGCACGAAAUAGAGCUUUCUUUCACCAAGAAUGGAAAGUGGCUGGGCAUAGCCUACCGCAUCCAGAAAGAUGCCCUGGGGGGCCAGGCACUCUACCCCCACGUCCUCGUGAAGAACUGUGCCGUGGAGUUCAACUUUGGCCAGAGGAGAGAGCCCUACUGCUCCAUCAUCCCGGGGUUCACGUUCAUUCAGCACGUGCCUGUGGGGGAACGUAUUCGGGGUACUGUGGGACCAAAGAGCAAAGCAGACUGCGAGAUUCUAAUGAUGGUCGGCUUGCCAGCGGCUGGCAAAACCACGUGGGCUGUCAAACACGCCGCUGCCAACCCCUCCAAGAAGUACAACAUCCUCGGCACCAACGCCAUCAUGGAUAAAAUGCGGGUGAUGGGCCUCCGCCGACAGCGCAACUACGCCGGCCGAUGGGAUGUCCUCAUCCAGCAGGCCACCCAGUGCCUGAACCGCCUCAUUCAGAUUGCUGCCCGCAAGAAACGCAACUACAUUUUGGAUCAGACAAAUGUUUAUGGAUCAGCCCAGAGACGAAAAAUGCGUCCUUUUGAAGGUUUCCAACGCAAGGCUAUUGUCAUCUGUCCCACGGACGAGGACCUGAAAGAUCGGACGAUAAGACGCACAGAUGAAGAGGGGAAGGAUGUGCCUGACCACGCCGUGUUAGAAAUGAAAGCCAACUUCACACUGCCCAACGUCGGGGACUUUCUGGAUGAAGUCCUUUUCAUCGAACUCCAGCGGGAGGAGGCUGACAAGCUGGUGCGACAGUACAAUGAAGAGGGCAGGAAGGCCGGACCUCCUCCAGAGAAACGCUUUGAUAGUCGUGGGGGCAGCAACUCAGGAGGCUUCCGGGGCCGGGGAGGCGCUGGGGGCUUCCAGCGAUAUGACAACCGAGGACCACCUGGGGGCAACCGAGGGGGCUUCCAGAACCGAGGGGGCAGCAGUGGCGGUGGUGGCAGCGGCGGCAGUGGUGGCGGCGGCAGCUACCGAGGAGGUUUCAACCGAGGUGGGGGUGGAAGCAAUAACAGUGGCGGGGGCUACACUCAGAACCGUUGGGGCAGCAGUAACCGGGACAGCAGCUCCAAUAGCCGAGGGGGCUACACUCGAACCCCUCAGCCACAGAACUACCCCCCUGCCAGGAGCCAGCCCCCCAGCAGCAGCGGCGGCAGCAGCACCAGUGGCACCAGCUACAAAAGCAGCACCAUCCCCACCUCGGGGGCCAGCAGCGGCAGCAGCAACCCUCCAGUCAGCAGCUACAGCCCCCCCCAGCAAACUUAUACCCCAACCUAUAAUCAGGGAGGGUACACCCAGCCAGCUUACACCGCGCCUCCACCUCCUCCGCCGCCACCCCCUCCCACCUACAACUAUGGGAGCUAUGCCACCUACACCCCACCCUACACCACCCCCCCGCCACCCCCUACCGGACAGACCUACAGUCAACAGAACUAUAACCAGUAUCAGCAGUAUGCCCAGCAAUGGAACCAGUACUACCAGGGCCAGUGGCCGCCAUACUACGGCAACUAUGACUACGGGAGCUAUUCGGGGAACACACAGGGGGGCUCGAGUACGCAGUAGCGGGGGCUGCCCCACAGGCAGAGACCACACCCUCCAGCCUGGGCCGAAGGGCAGCUGCCGCCUUGCCUGGCCAUGUCCGUCCGUCCGUCUGUCCAUC